CAUCACCAGCUCCCCCACCACCCCGCUUCCUAUAAAUGGAGCCUGCAGCCCUCCCCGGUGCUCUCUGCUCCUCCCCGUUCUAGAGACAGCCGCAUCUUCUAGCGCAGUGCCAGCCUAGUCCCUGAGACACCAUGGUGAAGGUCGGAGUGAACGGAUUUGGCCGUAUCGGGCGCCUGGUUACCAGGGCUGCCUUCACCUCUGGCAAAGUGGAUAUUGUUGCAAUCAAUGACCCUUUCAUUGACCUCAACUACAUGGUCUACAUGUUCCAGUAUGAUUCCACCCAUGGCAAGUUCAAUGGUACAGUUAAGGCUGAGAAUGGGAAACUUGUCAUCAAUGGGAAGGCCAUCUCCAUCUUCCAGGAGGUCCUGGUUGAGUGUGGCCUGAACCAGGAAAGGCAGAGCCAGCCAGGUUCAAAACCAGCUUCUCCUACACAGGCCCACUUGAAGGGUGGAGCCAAAAGGGUCAUCAUCUCUGCCCCUUCUGCUGAUGCCCCCAUGUUUGUGAUGGGUGUGAACCAUGAGAAAUAUGACAACUCCCUCAAGAUUGUCAGCAACGCCUCCUGCACCACCAACUGCUUAGCCCCCCUGGCCAAGGUUAUCCAUGACAACUUCGGCAUUGUCGAGGGACUCAUGACCACAGUUCAUGCCAUCACAGCUACCCAGAAGACUGUGGACGGCCCCUCUGGGAAACUAUGGCGUGAUGGACGUGGGGCUGCCCAGAACAUCAUCCCUGCAUCCACUGGGGCUGCCAAGGCUGUGGGCAAGGUCAUCCCAGAACUGAAUGGGAAACUCACUGGCAUGGCCUUCCGUGUUCCUACACCCAAUGUGUCUGUCGUGGAUCUGACCUGCCGCCUGGAGAAAGCUGCUAAGUAUGAUGACAUCAAGAAGGUGGUGAAGCAGGCAUCCGAGGGCCCCCUAAAGGGCAUCCUGGGCUAUACUGAGGACCAGGUCGUCUCCUGCGACUUCAACAGUGAUACCCACUCUUCUACUUUUGAUGCUGGAGCUGGCAUUGCCCUCAACGACCACUUUGUCAAGCUCAUUUCCUGGUAUGACAACGAAUUUGGCUACAGCAACAGGGUGGUGGACCUCAUGGUCCACAUGGCCUCCAAGGAGUAAGAAGCCCUAACAACCACUGACCCCAGCAAGAGGAAGGGAGAGACCCUCAGCUGGGGGGGGGUCCCCUGCCCUAACUCAGCCCCGAACACUGAGCAUCUUCCUUCAGUUUCCAUCCUAGACCCCCUGAAGAAGGGGAGGGGCUUAGGGCGCCCUACUCUCUUGAAUACCAUCAAUAAAGUUCACUGCACCCACCCACA